ACUCACGCGUCGAGCCUCCUUCUUCGUAACCUCCACACACAAGUUUACUCUUGUCGCUCGCGUCAGGUUUUUCUUCCUCUCAAACAACAUACUUAUAUCUCAUAAUGUCUCCAACUGCCGAUAAUGGACGCUCUAGCCAAACGACGGCUCACAAGGUCGUGAAGCCGCAUAAUGGGAAUGGUGUCCAUGCCUCUAGCACGACCGAUAACAAGGUGACUUCAGCAAUGGUCAUCAAUAUGGAGCAUGAAUACGGUGCUCACAAUUAUCAUCCGUUACCAGUAGUAUUUGAGUCCGCUAAAGGGGCAAAGGUAUGGGACCCAGAAGGCAAUGAAUACAUCGACAUGUUAUCUGCAUACUCGGCUGUUAACCAGGGUCAUUGUCACCCAAAGAUAGUCGCUACUCUAGUAGAGCAAGCCCAGAAACUCACUCUGUCAUCUCGUGCCUUCUACAAUUCUGUCUUUGGGAGGUUCGCGCAGCAGAUUACACAAAUGUUCUCAUAUGAAAGUGUUCUUCCGAUGAAUACCGGUGCCGAGGCCGUCGAGACUGCUGUAAAGCUUGCUAGGAAGUGGGCAUACCUAAAGAAGGGUGUGCCGGACGGGGAAGCUAUUGUGCUUAGCGUUGCAGGAAAUUUCCACGGAAGAACUCUGGGGGUCAUUAGUAUGAGCACCGAUCCGGAGAGCCGCGGCGGCUUCGGCCCCUACCUCGAGGGCGUCGGACCAACCUUCCAGGAUAAUGACCGAGAAAGGCUCAUCCGCUUCGGAGAGAUAUCUGAUCUCGAACGCGCUCUCGAACUUCAUGGAACACACGUGGCAGCGUUUUUGGUGGAACCGAUCCAAGGGGAGGCAGGAAUUGUCGUGCCGCCCAGGGGUUAUCUUGCAAAAGUUCGGGAACUCUGUACCAAGCACAAUGUCCUCCUUAUCUGCGACGAAAUCCAAACGGGGUUGUGCAGGACGGGGAAGAUGCUUGCCUGUGAGCACGACGGCAUUCGGCCGGAUAUGGUCCUGCUUGGGAAGGCACUGUCAGGCGGAGUGUACCCCGUCUCGGCAGUUCUCGCGGAUCGCGAGGUCAUGUAUUGCAUUCAGCCUGGAGAACACGGCAGUACAUACGGCGGGAACCCCCUGGGAUGUGCUGUCGCUAUGACAUCCCUGCGCGUCCUUGUAGACGAGAAGCUCGCCGAUCGUGCGCAGAAUCUCGGUGUCAUAUUUCGUGCGGGAAUUCUGGCGUUCAAUUCUCCUUUCGUCAAGGAAGUCCGGGGCAGAGGCCUUCUCAAUGCUGUGGUGAUCGAUGAGGAGAAGAGCUGCAAGGGCCGCACUGCGUGGCAAUUCUGCUUGCUACUGAAGAGCCGAGGGGUUCUUGCGAAACCUACUCAUUGCAACAUCGUUCGGUUUGCCCCUCCGUUGGUAAUACUCGAGGAGGACCUUCGAAAGGCCAUCGACAUCAUCGGGCGAUGUCUUUCAGACCUUGACCAACUCGACGACAUCCCAGGAGAAGUCGAGAGUGAGAAGGGGUUUAAGGAGACCCUUGACAAUUGAUCGAUGGCGUGAUGUUGUCCGUAUGACUGUCAUUUCGGCUGGAAAGACGAGAGGUAAUGCUGGCGUGGUACACUGUACAUAGGUUUUCCUGCA